AUGCGCGCGCUGGGAUUUUCGAUGGAUUUCGAUGUGGUCGCUUCGUCGACGCAAUCUAUGACUGAUUUGCUGUCGCGUCAUGUCAACAAGUGUCAUGCGAAUGAGAAACCGAUAACGGGGGGCACGACUGGAAGACGGAAAGGGACUAAAUGUGUCCAACGGAAAUAUCGCUGUACCUACGUCAAGUUCCAUCGACAAACUGCGCCUGUUGGGCCAGGCCAUAAUCCAAAUCCUACACUACCGCCAGCCCGCCAUGAACAACCUCACACUUCAGUAAUGGGCGUGUCCUCGCUGCCUCCAGUCAGCAUCACGCACAGUACAGGCUCGCUAUCGAACGUCGGUACAGGCAGCGGUGUACGAUUCCCACCACUCUACUCCAGCGCUAGCCCAGUGGACGACUUUUAUCACCUCCCACCACCAACAGGCUACACCACCACAUCUACCCACCCCACCACCGCUGAUCCCUCUUCCCUCUAUGGAUCUGCGUACACGGCGCGGAUCCCACCCAUCGAUGAUGGAGAUGUAUACGGCAACAGGCCAGGUACGGCUUCUAGCGCGGGCUCGAGUUCUGCGAGCGGCCAUGGUCACGGCUCGACAACGACCAACUGGCACCACCAGCCCUCAACUACGUAUGGUGGACACCUCGAUCGACACCACGAGCCUAGAGCUCUACACGCCCACGGGCACCAUCAGCAACACCCACUCUCGCAACACCAAUCCCUCGGGUCACACCCAUCCUCUGCAGUACAGCCAUCGCACAUGCAGAGCCAGUGGUCCAGUCGCGUUGGGACGGCGGCUGGAGGCGGUGAUACCGGUGGAGGCGGCGGGGGAGGAGGAGGCGGAACGUCGUAUGCAUCUUCGCAUGGUAAUAGUUUUGUUUACUACCAUUAA